AUGGCAUCCGGCGCAUCAGCCUUCGAGUUUGCCUUCAACAACAAGGCCUUUUCUGAUAGAGUGCUUCUCUUGGAGCUGGACGCUUCGUCCUCCGGAAUCGAGGAGGACCUGCAAGAAGAAGCAACAGGAUUACCUGAAGCAACGGGGGCGCACAACGAUACUGCUCCCCGCAGAAGAAGAAAACGGAAGGGACGUGAUGAAACUGAGGCUUCUGCAACAAACGAUGAACGGAUCAUAGAGGAGGACGCCUUCGUUGACGCCAUCCGCUUCAUCUUCUGCGGCCACGUGGCAUCCAAGUCCGUCAUCGAGCUCAUUCGCCUCAUCCUAGUUGCUGACCGCUUCGAGAUCCCCUCAUGCGUCCAAGGCGCGUGCGACGCGCUCGCCGGAGGGGUGCUGCAGGCCCAGAAAGGAUCCCCCUGGGGCGUCGUAAAGUGCCUACUCGCGCUGCCGGAUAGCGUCCGAACGCACAAGACGGUGUCCGAACUCCUGGUGAAGGCACAAAAGCUCAUGUCAGAGUACUACAAAGAUUUUCAAGCCCGCGCGGCCGCGCCGGGGGGACUGUCCGAGCUGUCCGAAGCCGGGCUGCAAAUGGUCCUAGCGUCCGACGAUCUGGAGGUGGAGUCCGAAGCGGACGUCUUCGAUGCCGUGUGCGCGUGGGUGCGCGCACGCUUCAAGGACGCAGACACGCGGGCGGCCGCGAUGGCGCAGCUCGCGCCGUUCGUCCGCUUCGCCUGGAUUCCGCCGGAAAAGCUGGAGGAGUAUUUCAAAUCGGACGAGAUGCAGAGCGACGCGUGUCAGAAGCUCCUCACGGAGGCUCUGCUGUUCCGAUGCUCGCCCAAGGACGCGCGGGCGCGCCUAGUGGAGCGCGCGCAUGACGAUAGGCGCUUCAUCCGCCGGGGCUCAACCCUGGCAGUCGAGCACUUGCCUGCAAGAAUUUGUUGGGACGAUUCCGCUGCCUUCUUCGUCGAGCUUCCGGAGGACUCCCUGCCCGCGCACCGGAGCGGCGCGUCCGUAUUCACUGAGGAGCUGUUCUUUGAGGGACAACCGUACCAAGUGGAAUUCUUGCGGAGUAUUGGUCAAACAUUGGGCGCCUUUUUGCAUGUUCUCAAAAAGGUGCCCCGGUCACAGCUGCCGACCAUGAAGAUCGAGUGCCUGCAUGGAUUUCCUGGAGUCGACCCGCAAUGGUCCCUUGCAUCCUGCACGCCACCCGCGUUCGGUUCCGCGAACCGUUAUGGCAGCGACGACAUACUUCAGACGAUCGGGUGGAGAUUCAACUCAAUCGCGUGGAGAUUCGGCUCAGGCGGUUGGCAGAUCUUCAGAGGGGAGGGUCGUGACAAGGUAGCAUCCAUCAGGAUUGCUCUAAGUAGGAAUGGCUAA